CUGCCAUUGAGGAAGUUCAAAUGCGUCCGUAGACUCCACUAAUUGAAAAGAUACCAUGGCAGCCACCAAAGCCUCCAAAGAACAGAAAUACGACAGGCAACUCAGACUGUGGGGUGACCACGGUCAGGAGUCACUGGAGAGUGCACACGUGUGUCUCAUCAAUGCCACUGCGACUGGGACGGAAAUACUGAAGAAUCUGGUCCUUCCAGGUAUUGGAGCAUUCACCAUAGUCGAUGGACACACAGUUUCUGGGGAAGAUGUGGGAAACAAUUUUUUCCUGAGCAACAACAGCAUUGGAAAGAACAGAGCACAGGCUGCCACUGAGCUGCUACAAGAACUUAACAGUGAUGUCUCUGGAAACUUCGUUGAGGAGAGUCCAAACAAGCUUCUGGACAACAAUCCAGAGUUCUUCAACAGGUUUACUAUAGUCAUUGGGGUCCAGUUGCCAGAAAGCACAUGUUUGAGGCUGGACUCCGUUCUGUGGAGUGCCUCUGUACCUUUCCUAGUGUGUAAAAGCUACGGCCUGAUCGGCUACAUGAGACUGGUGGUGCAGGAGCACUCAGUGAUUGAAUCCCACCCGGACAAUGCCUUGGAGGACCUGAGGUUAAACCAGCCUUUUGCCGAAUUAAAGAACCACAUUCAGUCCUACGACCUCGACAGCAUGGACAAGAAGGAUCACAGUCACACGCCAUGGAUCAUCAUUGUUGCCAAGCACCUGGAGAGAUGGCUCAGUGAGCACAACCUUCAACCACCGAAAAAUUACAAGGAGAAAGAGGCCUUCAGACAGUUUAUUCGGGAAGGCAUCCGGAAGAAGGAGAACGGUGUCCCAGAGGAUGAGGAAAACUUUGAAGAAGCCAUCAAGAACGUCAAUACUGCUUUAAAUCCAACCAAGAUUCCUAGUACUGUUGAAGACCUCUUCAAUAGCGAGGAGUGUAACGACGUCACAUCCCAGACCCCGUCCUUCUGGGUGAUGCUGCGAGCUGUCAAGGAGUUUGCUCUCAAUGAAGGCAAUGGUAGCCUACCUGUACGGGGAACCAUCCCAGAUAUGAUCGCAGACUCUCAGAAGUUCAUCAACCUUCAGAAUGUUUACAGGGAAAAGGCCAUGCAGGAUGCAGCAGCUGUUUCUAAACAUGUAGAAUGUCUAUUGCAGUCUAUUGGAAAGCCACCAGAGAGCAUCUCUGAGAAGGACGUCAAACUGUUCUGUAAGAAUUCAUCCUUUCUGAGAGUGGUGCGCUGCAGAUCUCUGGCUGAAGAAUAUAGUGUGGAUACAGUAAAUAAAGAUGAAAUCACCUCAAGCAUGGACAAUCCAGAUAGCGAGAUGGUCUUCUACCUCAUGCUUCGCUCUGUUGAUCGCUUCUAUCAGCAGCACUCCCGCUACCCAGGAGUUUAUAACUACCAGGUGGAGGACGACAUCAGCAAACUGAAGCUCUGCGUGAACAGCCUACUGCAGGAGUACAGCCUCAACGUCAACAUCAAAGACGAUUACAUUCAUGAGUUCUGUCGAUAUGGUGCUGCAGAGCCACACACAGUUGCAGCAUUUUUGGGAGGAUCUGCUGCUCAAGAGGCCAUCAAGAUCAUCAGCCACCAGUUUGUGCCCUUCAACAACACUUUCAUUUACAACGCAAUGUCACAGACCUCUGCUACCUUACAGUUGUGAAUACAGUUGGGGAUCCUGAGUUUGCUGACAGAAAUUAUUAGAGAAAACGGCGCAAGAUCAGAAGGACGGAGUCCAGAAAGACUUGCAGUAGUUUUGUGAGAUCCUUGCAAAAAAAAUGUCAAUUAAAAAAACAAACAAUCCCAAUUAUGGAGAAGACCAGUAUACAAGGUUCAUCAAAUUUUAUUUUGAGAUUGGUCUCCGGACAUUAAAUCAGUGCUGCUAAAUGCAUGCUGCGGACGUGCUGCAACAACUUAUUACAUCUAAAUCUGUCUGCAAUAAAAAAAACUGCCUUGUCCCCUCCUGGGCUCCGAACAAAAGACCGACUUACAUUAAUACAUUUAAACUAUAAAGUGAAAGUAAGAACAUUUGAAUGGGAUAACUGCCAAAAUGUGUGCACUCAAAAUGCUUCUCAUGCUGGACUUCGGAGGUCGAGUCUUUAUCGCCCAUCAUGCGUUUUUCUGAUUCAUAAAAGUUCUUGAAGGGAGAAAUCAGAAUUAUUUUUUUUCAAACUUUUCUAGUCAUGUAGUAUAUUCAUUUGUGAAAUGGAUGAAAUAUUACAAUGUAGCAGCACUUUGUUUACUGUAGUCACAACUGUCUCUUAUUGUGUUUGGAAUGAGGUGGAAGAUUUUUGGUUAAAAUCAACACUCUGUAUUUAGUGUUUUAACUCAUGCGUUGCUAUAAAACAUUGGAUAAUUAACCUGAACCUGAUUUAUUUUUAGUACAAAAGGGAAGUUGACUCUCAAAACACAUUCAUGACUGCAAAAAUGAUUUGUCCCUUUCUCACCGGACAACGUUUUGAUUUGCACCUGGCUUCAAAUCGUCUGGUAAACAUUUGGAGUUCAGGUGUGACUUAUUUAAUAGUAGUUGAAACAAGGAUUACACUCAUUUAGCCUGAAUGAAUGUUCGGUGACGAGCGUGAGCUUCUUGAGAAGCUCGUAUUUUCAACACCAGAGGGCGCCCUUUCAUCUUUUACUAUUACUAUUGAACAUGUAUUCCCAAGUUUAUUUCACAUACCUGUUCAGUGACCAACUCCUGACCAUUAGAUACAGACUGCAUUUGACCGCUGUGAGAUGUUAACAAAAAAACGAUGUUUCUCGAUAGAUGUUAAAGUGCAGAGAACGAUCUAAUAGGCGGCACAGAGUCCUGCUUGAGAAUUAUGUUAUGAGGGUCAUUGUGAUGUAACUGUUGGGCAGGGUGAAGUUUGUCUUGUUUUUUUUAUUUUUUAUUCAGACUUUGGCAGAAUGGAAAUUUGCCCUGUGCAGAUCUUUUCCUUUCAUCCCCCCCGGCUCUCCCCAUGCAGCGAUCUGUCUCCCAUUCUCACGCACACACUCCCACCCUCCGUCUCCCUUCGUCUGAGAGGGGAUAGAGCGUGUUGCCAACAAGUGCUCUGGCCAUUUCCUAAAUGAAGAUUCCGUCCGCUGACUUGAUGGAUUAUCACGUGUCCCUCCAUCCACCCACUGCCUCUUCAGAUUAUCGUGUAGUGCCAGGUUUAUGAGGCCAAAACAGAUGGCUUUACUUUUUGUUAAAUCAAAGACUGAAAAGAAGUUCAGUAACAUGUUGUACAUAAUGUCAACUCUAUGCCUCUGCAAAAAUAACUUCAUUUGUGCGGUUUCAACCCUGCCGGGGUUUGUGUCCCCCUCCAUGAAAGACUGAGGGAAUAGGGUUUCCUUUUAAAACACACUAAAUAUUACAUUAUUUGAGCAAAGACAUCUCUGAGGAAGAUCUUUGUCUCUCGAGGAGUUUCAUUGUUAUAAUAUAUAAACAUGGCCGAUAGCAGUUGUCACUGCUUGUAAGCCCCUUCAAACUCCUGAAGAUCCUUUGAUUAACUUUUAAGCUGUUUAACAUCUACUCCCUCUGUGGUUCUUUCUCGUCAUGUGACUUCAAGACUGCAGGAAGGGCACACGGUCUAAUUUUGAUUAGUGCCUCCAGACAAUUUGUAUACAGCUGUGUCAACAUCUAACAUUGAGUGCUGACCAUUUUACAAACAACAGGAUGGCUUCAGUCAUUGCACUGCAUCUGCUCCACUAUGGGGCUGGUGUGUCUCCUGUAACCUUCACUCUUGUUAGGAUGAAUACUGACAAGAGAUUACAUGGAGGCAAACAGGCCAAGAGGGUCUGCUGCAAACAUUGUGGGGCGUUUUAUUGAAGUAUUCAUAUGGUAAACAAAGUCAAGAGGAUAUAGGGAGAGGACACGCAUGAUUGUAUAAAAGGUAGAUAGAUUUAAAAGUUGGAAACAUGAAGUUUGUCAUAUUGCAUCAAGUGUAAAAUACAAAACAAACAACAUCAAUAAUGCAUACUUGUAUUUAAUGUAAAGUUGCACAUAAUACAGUUUUUAAUUAAAAUGCAAGUAAAGAAGGCAUUUGCAUGAAAAAUACCAGACAAUUUGUGAGUUAAAGUGUUGCACGGUGUCAGAGUAGUCAUGCUUAUAGACAUUCCGGUUUCAGGCGGUACAAAAAAAGGGAAACGUGUCUGUUAUGUAAUUCGGCAAGCGUACAUACAUGUCAUGUUUCUGUAAGCAGCAGGUUUGUGGUUUGUUACCAUGAGGUUACUAUUUUCCUCUUAGAAGUCAUGAACAUAUGAAUGCACAUUGACUUUUAAAACAAAUUUCUUUUCCAAUAUCUUUUAGCUCCUAAUUUCAUUUUUAUCCUUUCGGUUUUAUCGUCAUUUAAAAUUGACUGGUUCUAAAUCCUUAAGUUCAUGUUGUGCUGUACAGGCGUACGUAUGUGUUUUAUGUCUUUUAAACUUGUGGAACAUGUGCCUCUUGUCAUAGUUAGCCUGGUGGCUAUCGCAUGCCGGUAGGUGAGGACUUGGGGACACAAACCUUCAGUACAUUCAUGUUUCUCCUGAACAAGCAACACAAAGUGGGAGGCUUGGUUUAAAUUAUUAGUAACAAUAAGAGCUGCUUCAUGCUAAAAAUACUUAUGAAGUCAGCUACCAUUAGCCACCAGCUACUGGUCAUACCAUUGCAUCGUCUCACUCUAAACAUAAUUUGGGGCUGCAGAAACAAGAUGUCAGUGCAACCUCUAAAUAUCACUAAUUGGGUUGAUACAGGGAACACAGAAGAGAUUAUUAUCCAGUUCUGUAAUAUUGUACUUCAUAUAAGGCCAAUCAUACCACAACCAAAGCAACUCACGAUUCGUCAACCAAAUGUGUCAUUGUAAGACACGGGCGACAACUAACUCUACAUAUGAUUCUUAGAUUUUCUUAGGCAAUGAGUUUUACUGUGAAGGUGGAAUGGGGGAGAAAAAUGUUUCGCUAAUAGAAACAGGAUGUAAAUUCUCUCUGCCUCCUCUGUUGCAUCCAUUCAUUAUCAAGACUUCAGCUUCCAGGCCCAGCUCGUAACUACUUUAUCUUGAAGCCACAGGAGAGGUCUGACAAUAGAUAAUGUGUGCGUCCCCACUUGUGUGCGUGUGUGUUUCGGGUUACUGGGAAGGAGGGCUGAUCGUUAAUGCUAAAAUCAAUCAGUAAAUCAGAAGCACAGCCUGCAGAAGGGCCACCCUGCUAAUGGUGAUUCUCCCUAAAAGCUUCAAGCAAUAACGAGAGAGAAAAGGGGUGGGAGGGAACUGGAUGAGUCAUCUUAGGGAAAUUGCACGGUAAAGGUGGCAAGGUGGUCAUAUCUCUCACAAGGACAAGGGCUGUAUGUCCCCUUGUCACACCCUGUCACUGGAUAAAAGGUUGCGGUUUACAAACAAAGAGAGGACUGAAAGGGGUUCGAGGGUGAUUUCUUCUGAUGGCUCUUAGCUGUUAGUUUGAGCCUUUUACCUGGCUGGGUGCCAACUAGUUCACCUCCUCAUGAGGCCCAGGCUGAAUUAAAACCGGCCUGCCAGAGCAGAGUGGAGUAUUCAGUGUGUUUGCUUGGAGACUGCAGGAGGCCGGCAUACUUUAAACCUCUCAGGGGUCUGCUGAGGGCCUCUCCAUUCUUCCUACAAACAGAUGGAGCUGUGACUACGGAAUGUAUAUGCACAAUACAAACAGACCCAUUUGGAAACGAAGGGAAGACACGGACGAUGUAACAGUCGCAAAGGAGUAUAAAGCUAUCUACAAUUAAACCUGAUAAAUACAAAUGAUUUGCCUGAGUGAGUGAAAAUUGAAGUUGUGUGUAAAAAUAAUAAAUGAGUACCACUUUA